CGAGAGGAGUGCAAGAAGCAUGAGCAACAAGCACUGGAAGAUACUAAUCGACUGGAGGCCACGCUUAGGGAUCUCCGUACGCGCAUCAGGCAAGCUAAGGAAGAUAAAGAGAAAGCUUUGGAGAACCUGAAGACCAAGUUCCUUGAACUGGACACGCAGAAGACCGAGCUAGAGCAAAAGUACAAUGACAUGCUGAAGAGUAAUGGGAACAUUGAUAGCACAGUCGAGCAUUUGAGGAAGGAAGUGAUUCAGUUGAAACAGGAAUUGGAGAAU